AUGAUAUCUUAUUACAGUAUCCCUGAAAUUGCAAUUGAAUCAUCCAGAAUAUUACAUUUAAUAUCAGAUAAGUCCGGGGAUAACUUUCUUCUCUCUAUUUCCUUUUCCUUUAUCCUAUUGGCUGUCUCUCUCUCUCUUUCUCUCUUUCGCUCUCUGCGCUGCCGGCCCCCUUUAAUAAUAAUAAUAGCAGUUGCUGAAUAUUUGUGCGGCGUUGUCGCUAUUAAUGUAUUGAUUGGGGCUGCUUCCAUUACCUCUGUAUUAUUAGGUUAUAUCAAAUACGAAAAAAGAUUUUUGGCUGAUAAACCUGAUAUCUUUGUUGUUGGAUCCGUAGUUGGUAUUGCAGGACUGUUAACUGCUGAUUGUUUCUUAUCAAGAAAAUACUACAAGAAAUUCGAUAAAUCAGAAUGA